AUGGUUAAGCUCCUCUGUUUAUAUUUGAUUUAUUCAACCACUUGCCUCGUGUUUGCUGUAAAUAUAAAACCUAAUCAAACUAUUGCAUUGCAAGCCCAUUUUGCCGUACACCCUACACCAGUCAUCAGAGACUUGGAAGGUACAGAAGAUGUUGACAAUGCACUGGAGAAGACUGAGCCACCAGUCGACAUCACGACAGAGAAUAUUAUUGCACAACCGACAAGGAGAGAAGAACUGGAUAUGAUAACGGACGAACCAUCUCUAUAUCAAGAUGUGGUUAGGAACAACAAUGAAGAAUUGUUUACAUCAGAUCUUAUUGAAGCGACAGCAGUUUUGAAGAGGUCAAUAUUUGAGACCACUUUGCCUGUGCCACCAUUAGAACUUAUACCACCAGCGUUAAUUCAAAUUGGUGGUGAGUUGAGAGAUUGGGACGAACUUGCGACGAUGGAACCUACAGCUGUUGAGAAUAUGAGGACAUUUGUAGUUCAGGAGACAAGAGCAGAUUGA